UAGAAAUAAAAAAGGAAUAGGAUUUUGAAAUUUGAAAUAAUAUUUUGUUUAUAUUCUGAAAUUCGCUAUAUUCUAAAAAUUCGAAAUAAAAAGAAUAUCAUCUAGAAAAAUGUAAUUGUUCAAAUGAUAUGUUUCUUAGAUGUUUUGAGGUUAGGAUAGCAAUUUGUAAUUUCCCAGUUUCGAAAGAUUCUCUGUAAGUUUCUUCGUUCUUGCUGUGCAGAAACAACGACAAUGGAAAGUUACCGAAGCGCAAGCGCUCGCUCGGCACUUUCCACCAGUACACUUGACUGACUAUACAGCUAUACGGUAUAUCGGUAGUAGUAAUGCUGACAUUGGUAGUGAGCCGUUCGCUAUGGUACUCAUGGACUGGCAGCGAAGCGAGAUCUCCCGACGAUAUAGACUAUACACGAAUACACCAGUAUCGUUGACUAACACUUACUUGCGAAUGAUUACACAGCAACACACUAUCGCAUAGCAUAGCAUGGAUGUACGACGGUGUAAGGGUAUAUUAGAUUACAAAGAACGUCCGUUCUCUUACGUCUAUGUACAUAUAUGCACACGUAUAGCAGAAACAAACCCUUAUACGCGAUAUAUAUAUAUAUAUAACAAAAAAAGUUUUGAAGAAAAAAACAUAAUUUUCUUGCUUAUAAUUUUGUACAACAAUCGCGGACAGUAGCAAGAAAAAAAUAAAGAAAUGCAAAAUUAACAGAUUGUGAGGACAACAGUUAUUUCACUAAUUCAAAAAUUUAAAUAGUAAAUUUUACAAAUUUUGCUUGAUAUGAAAAAGAUUAAAAAUUAUUAUUAUAAUAAUAUAUUAUUGUAAAAAAAAUACCAAUCCUAUGAUAUAGUUUUUUUAAUUAAAUUUCAAGUUGCCGUCGAUUCGCGAAACGAUUAUUUAAGCUCGUAAGCACGGAAGUACAGCGCAUGUCGUCGCAUUUACAAAAUUGUGAAAUCGCUCGUUUCGCAACAGCUCCGGCAUCCGUCUCGUGAUUUUCCUCCACAAGCAUAAAAAAACACGUUUAUCCCCCUCUACACUUUACAAUCGUCCAAUCAUCGUCCUUUCAGGAGUUCAAAGCAUGUAGACUUUUUCAAAAUGUUCGUAUCCCACAAGGGUUGCAAGAGUCUUCUUACCGCAUAUGCCCUUUUGUGCGUAUUCGAGCCACUUCUGGCGCAUGUAUAUCCGUAGCCGUGACGCGUUGCACACAAACUCCGCCCUGUGUACACAUGCCGUCAACCCACACCAUUUAAUCUUGCUCAGUAUAGAGUAUGACGGUGUGAUCACGUAAAGCGCGCACACGAUGGUAUCGAAGUUGUGUUAGAGCACACAGUGUGUGCCAGCCGUGGUACGGCACCACUGGCGCGCCUCUACCCCGGCUUUAGCAUCGAUUUCCAGUCGGACGACCCAGCGCGAUCGAGCGAACGGUGCGCGCCUUCACGAGGAGGUAUCGAGCGCGUCCGCUGCUCGUGAGAGUCUACGAAGAGGGGUCGCGCGAGAAAUAAUACAGUUUGUCGUCAAAACGAAUUUCACAACGAUGAAAUAUUAUAUAUGAUAAAAUGCAUUUCACAUUACUUCUAUUUCUUCGUUUUACGUAUUAGGAAAAAUAGAUCAGAAAUAAAAGAGAAAUAGAGAUAUAUAGAAGGCUAGGAGAGAGAAAGAGAGAGAGGGGAAAUGAGUGGGAGCGGAUCUAUGUAGAGGGGAGAUAGGGUCGGGCGCUUUAGUGGUGGUGCAGAGUCCCGAGAGGUAAGAGGAAAAGGGGACGAGCAGAAGGCAGCGAAGGCGCUGCCCUCAGUCGGUCGGCCGUUUCACUACAGUCAGUAUACAGUGAGAGCAAACGAUUGGCUAUACGUGGUCUUUGCUUAAGCGCGCACUACACUCCGUGUGUUCCCGUUUUUCGAGUGAAGGCUUCGAGCUUCGUUCUGCCCGCUCUUUCGCUCGCUCGGUCGGUCGGUCGUGAGUAUGCGCGCGCGCACUCACACGCGCUCAACCAAAUAGGCAGACAGAGAGACACAGUGUGAGGAGUCGUGCAGAGACAGGCGCGCGUACAUAGCCAUCGAACGUGGUGAUUCGUACGGAGGUGGACGUGUGAUAGAGUUAAACCGAGGCCAUUUCUCGCGAAGGAAAAAGACAGCGGCCGUUCAUCGCUGUCCUUGUUGUCUUCAUCAUCAUCACCGUCAUCUUUGUCGUCGAUGAGAUCGUCAACGGGAUUUUGUCGACGCUUCAGCGUGAAAUUUUUCUGCUUGACUCGAAGGUAUAUAAACAAUUAUAUGAGAACCGUCCAUACAACAAGUCCUGGCAAACACGAGAAUCAAAAACAAUCGUGAGUAAAUAGAGCGAAAAGGGGGUACGUACCCUUACGGAACUCGCGUGUAUAGUCGCGCGGACGAUUGAAGUACGCUAGAAGCCGUGUGUAUUCCGAGAGUUCUACUAUAGAUGUGUGAGUACGAAGAGUACUAAGAGGUGGGGGAGACAGUCUAUACUUCGCGGACAUCCGGCGGGGAAACCGCAUGUAUUCGUACGAAGCUCUCUGAGAGAGCGAGGGAAAAAAAAGAAGAAGGAUCUGGCGCCGAGGGAAACCCGGGUGUUCUCAAGUGCUCGACAGAGACUUGAGAGGAGAAAGGAGGUUCUUUGCGUUCCGAUUGCCGCGUAUCUUUCACGUUCCCUUUAUUGUCGUAUUUAAAAGAAUAAAAUUGUAAUAUUACUUUUAUAGAAGUUGAUCCUAUUAUUUAUCGUUAUCCCGUAUCGUUGAUCCUCGUGCAUGCGUGCCCGCACGCAACGGUUGAAAUUUUCUGUACAAAUAAUAAGGGUGGUGGAAAAGAGGUGGAAGGACGUGACGGAGAAAGAGAGAGAGGUAUUAAGGGGAAAAGAGAGAAAUCAGAAACACGCCGAGCAGUGCUGCUCCCUAUUGGCGACGUCGAGUCGCGCUCCCCACCCGGGACAGUCGAACGAGGUCCGAAGGCGAGUUCUCGGCGUGCAGCUACGGUGAUUUUCCCUUACGAGAGUGUACGCACGAGACCUCGUAGCUCUGCAACACAUCACGUUCCGUGUAAACAUCUCUGUACGUAUAAUACAUCGUGACUAGUAUCAAGCUAGAAUAUCAUCCUGGAAACGUGAAGAAAUAUAUUUCAAGGAAAUCGAAAAACAGCCAGAAGGAGAAAGAGAUAGAAAGAGACUGGUAGUGAAGUCCGCUUUAUACGCGUGCUAUCGUCGAUAUUUUCUUUCUCACCGAUCAACUGUGUGUGCGCCGAUCGUGAACGCGUCCCACGCGUGUGUCGCGUAUCACCGCCGCCGGUGAAACCGAGAGAAUUCGAACGAGUCAGAGGGUAAAAUAGGAUUUCUCGCGUGGUCGGUCCUCUCCCGUGGCACGCGCGGAGAGGGGUGCACGGAGAAGUGAGAGAGGGAGAAGGAAAGAAAGUGAGACAUCGCUGGACGAAGAUAGAAGAGGAAAGAGAAAGAGAAAGAGGAUAGAGACUCUUGAGGGGGAGCGACAAAGACGUGUAUAGUGCACAUAGGCGUUAGUGCUGCGCCCCAACGGCCGUUCGUCGAAGCUCAGUUAUCACAAUGGCUUCCGUGAAAGACACAGCAACUUUCUUCGCGGAGGGCACAGCGAGUCAGUUCGAACACGUCCUGAAGCUUUAUCCGCAAGCCCUCAGACUCAAGGCUGAUCAUAAGACGAAAAAACCCGAGGAGCUGAUCAAGUUGGAUAACUGGUACCAGAAUGAGCUUCCAAAGAAGAUCAAGUCGCGCGGCAAGGACGCGCAUCUCAAUCACGAGGAACUGGUGCAAACGAUGAAAUGGAAGCAAAUACGUGGGAAGUUUUAUCCUCAACUGUCCUAUUUAGUAAAAGUGAACACACCUCGCGCUGUGAUGGCGGAAACGAAAAAGGCGUUCAAAAAACUUCCAAAUCUCGAACAAGCGAUUACUGCCCUCUCGAAUUUAAAAGGAGUAGGUACCACGAUGGCGUCAGCUCUAUUAGCAGCAGCAUCACCAGAGAAUGCACCCUUCAUGGCGGACGAAUGUCUGAUGGCAAUACCGGAAAUCGAGGGCAUCGAUUAUACCACCAAGGAGUACCUCAAUUUUGUUCAGCACAUUCAAAAUACCGUGGAGAGGCUGAACAAACAAACGUCGAACGGCAAAACAUGGAGCCCUCACAGGGUGGAGCUCGCUCUGUGGACCCACUACGUGGCGUCUGAGCUGAAGCCAGAGCUGUUGGACGGCAUUCCAGGCUCCACAGAGAACGGCAAUUCCCAUCCGCCCAGCAACGGCGAGGCGACAGAACCGUCGGACGACAGCAAUCAGGAAGCGGCACUGAACGGUAAGGAACUAGGCAGUAUUGAUCCGGCGGCCAUCGACGAGAACAGCAUGACCACGUCCUUCACCGAAGACUCGAUGGAUAAACCAGCUACGCCGAUUACAGCGGCCGUCGCCAGCGAAGAUACAAACGAUUCACUCGCCACGAACGACAACGACGACAGCAACAACACUCCCCGACCGACAGACAGCGAGGACACCGAAGACUCGCAGGACGUCCAGGAGCCGCCCACUAAGAAGAGUAAGAAGUGACCCACCGCCAGCCAGGGAGCCACGAAUACAAGCAACAACGUCAGCACCCUCGUGUCGGCCGCCAAUCUAACGCUGAUCGCAGCGAGGCGCUUCUAAAAACCGCCAGGGUCACCGAUCAGGGUCGCGGAUAGUAGACCUGUAGCCUACCAUCGCACCAUCACGAUCGUUUUUUGAUGAUUCUCCUUCGCUCCUGCUCUCUCUCUCUCUCUCUUUCUCUCUCUGUCUCUUUGUCUCUCUCUCUGUCUCUCUCUUCCUUUCCUUCCCUCUUCCUACUCUAUCUCCAUUCUCUUUCUCUAUUUUUUUCCUAUUUGUACUUGUUCCUAAUUUUUCUUCUUCUAUCUUUUUCCUUCCUUUUCUCCUUCCCUCCCCCCCUCUAAGUUAUUUAUCCGCAUUAAAUUUGUAAGAUUCCUCUUUGUAUCCCACUCCAGUCCUUUUUUGGGACCGAUUUUUCUUUUUCAUCAUGUUUUAUAAUCCAGUACAUCUUUCUGCUCUUAUCUUGUAGACUCUCCUGCUAUUGUUUGUAGAAAUUUUCCUCGAGAUCUCGUGUAAAAUAGUGUUACUGCAUAUACGAUGGAAAGCGGAAGUUGUUGUGUGUAAGCACCUUGCUGGUUUUUAGAUUCAUCGGGCUCAAUUGGAGGCAAAAAAAGAAAGAGGUAAAAAGCUCGACCGAUGUUUCGAAGAUUUCCUUCCUUUGUUCUUAAUUUCUCUUACUUUUUCUUCCUUUUUUUUUUUUUUUUUCUUUUUUUCUUUUUUUCUUUUUCUUCGCGUUCGUUUUACAUUAUUGGCCAAUAAUAGUGACCAAGUUUUUUUUUUUAGGUCAUGAACUUGUAAUUAGCAUUACAAGCAACAGUUGACGUAACUUUUAUACGAUGUGAUAAUAGUAAUAGUUACUUUCUUUUCUGAACGGGAGAAUCGUUCACUUUUUAAGACUCCGAGGAAACUUCGAAUUGGCGGAGCUUUCUCACUUUUUUCUGCGGCGUGGCGUAGUUUUUAGGGAAUAUAAUUCUCUUUUCUUUUUUCCAUACGAUCGAAACGAGACGAUUCCUCACGGUACUGCCUUCUGAAUAAACCCGUUCCCUCCUCACUGCUUAUUACGCGAUAGCAAAACGACGUAGUCUUUAAUUAAAACAGCAAGUCAUCAUUCCUUUUUACCAUGAUUUAUACCGGCGUUUUUGAAGGCCACCGAAAUACGAAGGGCGAUACGAAACGAUGUUGACGCGUGUUUUUAACUUUUUCUUUGUUCUUUUUGUCAGAAAAAAAAAAAANAAAAAAAAAAAAGAAAAACAGAAAAAAAAAAGAAAAAAAAUUGAAAAACUGUGAGUGGGGUGUGCGUAGCGAAUGAGAGAGAAAUAAGAAGGGAAGAGAGAGUGGGUACAAAAAGAGGAGAGAGAGAGAGAGAAGAUGAGAGAGAACGUAUAAGACCGGGUGUGAGAGAGUUAUCGAGUAACUGAUUCCGUGACCAGCAAGAAGGAAUAUAAUAAUAUUAAAAAAAAAAAAAAAAAAAAAUGGCGGUACACACACU